UUUUUUUCCAAGUGUGGAACUUCGAGGGAUUAGGGUUCUUGUUUGCGAUGGACAACGCUGGUGGAUCAGGCGCUGGUGGAAGUGGGGUCUUGGCUCCGCCACCGCCGAUUGAGCCAGUGACUUACAUGUGUGGAGAUUGUGGAACCGACAAUUCGCUCAAGCCUGGGGAUGUGAUACAGUGCCGGGAAUGCGGCUAUCGCAUCCUCUACAAGAAGAGAACUCGAAGGAUUGUGCAGUAUGAAGCACGCUAGGCGGCAAAACUCAUCCUUUUCGCAUGAAUCUUAAAGACGAUACUGUUCUUUCUCGAUCUCCUCGAUCUCUCUCACAUCCUCUAGGUACUGUGCUGCGUGUUGUUUUGAUAGUAAUGGAAGCCCACUAAAGUGGAAGUCCACUUUCUGGAAAAAUGCAUGAAAGGUGUCACGUAUCAAUCAAGUGUUUAGGUACUUCAAAAUUGCCCAAGAUGGGCAUCUUUAU